AUAAAUGUCGAUAUAUAGCUCUGUCCUUCGUUUGCAGAGUUUUUAGAUCUCUUUGUUUAAGGACCUGCUGAUUCUUACUGUGAAUGGUACGUCCUACCUGCAAUCAGAAGCAAAAGUUUCUAGCAAGCAGCUGCAGUGUUUCAGAGAGAGUUACUGCAUUUGAUCGAAAAAGCUAUGGAGUAUAAAGUAGAUUUUAGCGCUAGUAAACGCAAACGGGGCCAUGUGCUCGUCAUUUCGUUUGCAGGACAAGCUCACAUUGCUACCAGCUUCAGAUUAGCAAAAGCCCUUGCCGAGAGAGGUGUCACUGUGACCUUUGCGACUCGGCAGGAGUACAUCUUGUCGAUAAAAUCUAUCCAGUCGGUCGAGAAGCUGCAGAAGAAGAAAUGCCUCAAUCUGGUGGGAGUUGCUGAUCAUGAAGACAGUUCGAAUUUAUUUGAGAAGGUGAAGCGUAUGAAGCUCGCCUUUCAACCGUAUUUUCAAGAGCUGCUGAAUAACCAGAGGAAGGGACUGCCGGGCCCCACGUGCAUAAUGGCGGACAGAUUUCUUCUGUGGACAAAGGACAUUGCAGAGGAACUGGAAAUUCCAAGAUAUGUCUUCUUCAGCAACUGCGCCCUAGAAGCGAGACUGAGGCAAGCAGGGCAUGAGCUACAGGCUAAAGGGAAGCUGCGCAUAGUGGACGGCAAAGCGCAAGGCCUGGAGGAGCUUGUGAAGGUUCCAGGGUUUGAAUUCAUGCGAGUAAAAGACCUUCCAUGGUUCAUGUGGGCCCAUCCAGAGGAAUACUUAGCAGUUGGCGAAUCUUUGUUAGGAGCAGAGGGUGUGAUUUUGAAUACCUUCAGUGAACUCGAAGACUCUGUCAUCCGCUCGUUCCAAAAUGCAUGGCUGGGAGAUCCUGAAGUGAAGGUCCCGAAAGUGUUCUGUGUGGGACCACUGUCUACUGCAACGAGCUGCGAGGAUUUCUCGAUCGUGGACGCGCCGAAUGAUACAGGCAAGCACUGCCUGAACUGGCUGGACAAUCGGAGCCCUGCUUCCGUUCUCUACAUCUGCUUCGGGACAGUUUUCCGGCUGGAUGCCAAGCAGGCACAAGAACUAGCUCUCGCUCUGGAAAAUAGUCAGCAGAGCUUUUUAUGGGUCGUACCGCUGUCCGAGCGGAACACUCUGCAAGACUACCUUCCUGCCGAUUACGAAGAGAGGCUGAGUGGACGAGCUAUGAUCGUGACUGGAUGGGUUCCUCAGGCUCAACUCCUCGCUCACAAAGCCAUCUUCGGAUUCUUGUCUCAUUGUGGUUGGAGCUCCACCCUCGAGAGUAUCAGUGCCGGUGUGCCGAUUUUAGCUUGGCCUCUAUCGGCCGACCAGAAUCUCACCUGCAGAUACGUGGUGAGUGUGCUGAGAAUAGCCAUCGAAAUGACGGACAAAAGAGGUGAUGUACUUUUCGCUUCCAUUGCCGAAGAGGUGACCGGUCAGGAACUCGACGUGUUUGUGGAGCAAAGUGACAUCGAGAGAGCAAUAAACCUCCUGAUGGUGGAACAACAGGGACAGGAUAAAAGAGCCAGGGCUCAACAGCUCAAGCGAAAAGCAACAGCAGCUAUUGCAGUGAACGGUUCUUCGUACGCAACUUUGCAAGAACUGGCCGAGCUAAUGAACAUGUACAUAGUAUGAUCAUCUACUCGGCCGCCGUUCCCAACUUGUUCUAAUUUGAUGCCUUUCAGUACAACUACGGUACAGCGUCACCCUCGAGCUGCUCGGUUGUUGGUCCUUCACAGAGACGGUAGUGGCCUUGUUCUCAAUGCUCAAUCAUAUCCGCCGGCCCAGUCUCUUUUUAACCUCCUAGACUGAUUGCCAGUCUCAGUCGAGAUUAUGUAGUCAACAAUUCCGGACAUCGUGUGCAGGAUAGCAACAUUCGAUCGACUCUGCUGGCUCACACCUUCACGACCUCGACUUUCCUUGGACAACAACUGAACGACUCUUGCAGUCGACACGUAUGGCUCCAACCGCACGCCAUCAGUGAUCGUCUCGGUCGCUGGUUAUCGCAUUGCUGGGUUUCUCGUACUGGAACAAUUGUUUACUUGAUUCUUAUCGAUCGACUGGUAGUACACUGCCCACCUUCGCCAUCGGAUACCAUAGCAACAAUAGACCCUUUAGGCCGUAGAGUUAAUAACAUUGUUCCGCGUCCUAGCUUCUAUCUAUGUUAGGGCCAGAGAAAAACUCAGUAAUCUUUGUACUGAGCAGAAGUCGUACUUCUAGGAGCUUGAUGAACGAUCAAAUACGAUUAGAUGAAGCACCCUCGAAUAAACGCAUGAAAGCAUAUUACAUCGAACAUAUGUACUGCACGUCUAUCUUUCAGAGUCUGGGUU